GAACCAAACAAUGUCAGAAAAAACCUAUACUAAAGAAGAAGUCGCAAAACACUGCAGCUUAGACGAUUUAUGGAUCGUCUACAAUGAUGACGUUUUUGAUGUCACCAAAUUUGUUGUCGAACAUCCAGGUGGUGAAGAAGUUUUAAAAGGCAAUGGUGGCAAGGAUGCUACCCAAGAGUUCGAUGAUGUUGGUCACAGUGCCAGCGCUAUUGCUAAAAUGGAAGCCCUCAGAAUCGGUCGUAUUGCAGGUGCUAGCCCAAGAGUAGAAAAGAAAAAAGAAGUCAAAAAAGUUACCUCAACUCCAGUUAGAACUGCUCCAAAAGAAAGUGGUGGUUUAGGUCUUCUCAAAAUCCCAAUUUUCAUUAUUGUUUUAGCUAUCGUUGCUUACUUCUUCAUGGGUGAAAAAACUGAAGAAAUCGCCAACACUGUCAUUUAAACAAAUUAACACCAAAAAUUAAAAAAAUAUAAUAGAAGCAUAUAAGAAGGAGAAGAAAAGAUUUUAAGAGGAAAAGAAAAUGAAACAAUAUAAACCAUUUUUUUUUUAAAUAAAAAAAAAUAGAAAAAAUUAUAAAAUAAUAUUGUAAAAUAUAUU